AUGGCCUCUACGAAGACCACCCCCUCCCGCGCGGACCGCCUCCCCAUCCACCGCCCCUCGGGCCGCUCCCUCGGCCUCACCUUCCACGCCCUCACCGUGCACGCCGCCGCCGCCGCCGCCACGCGCCCCACCGUCCCCGACGUCCCCGAACUCCUCCGCCGCGCCGUCGCCGUCCCGCUCGCGCUCCUCUCGCGCCGGCGCACCGCAACCCCCCUCCGCACAACCAUCCUCCACCCCAUCACCGGCGUCGUCUACCCGGGCGAGUGCCUCCUCGUGCUCGGGCGGCCGGGCGCGGGGUGCUCGACGGCGCUGCGGGUGCUGGCGAACGAGCGCGCGCCGUUCGCGCGGGUCGAGGUCGAGGGCGAGCUGCGGUAUGCGGGGCUGGGCGCGGACGCCGUGGCGAGCGGGUACGGGGACGAGGUGGUGUACUGCGGGGAGGAGGACGUGCAUUGCGCGAGGUUGGGGGUGGGGGAGACGGUGCGGUUUGCGGUGCGGUUGCACGGAGGAGGCGCGCGGGGGCAUCGUCGGCUGGGGGACGGCCGGGAGGGAGGGGGGUUCGAUGUUGAGGGGGUGACGGGCGCGCUGCUGGCGGCGCUGGGCAUCGGGCAUGUGGCUGGUACGGUCGUGGGGGAUUCGUACGUCCGGGGCGUGUCUGGGGGGGAGCGGAGGAGGGUGUCGUUGGCGGAGGCGUUGGCGGGGAAUCCGGCGGUGGCGAGCUGGGAUGAUCCGAUUCGGGGGUUGGAUAGCAGCGCGGCGUUGAGGUUCCUGCGGAUGCUGAAGGAGAUGUCGCGGGCGACGGGGAUGGCGAACGUGGCAACGCUGUAUCAGGCGUCGGAGAGCAUGUAUGCGGAGUGCUUUGACCGGGUCAUGGUGCUGUACGAGGGGAGGAUGGUCUACUGCGGACGGACUGGGGAAGCGAAGGGGUACUUUGAAGACCUCGGAUUCGUCUGCCGCAGCAGGCAGACGACUGCCGAGUUCCUGACCGCCGUGACGUCGCCGGUCGAGCGGGUGGUGCGGCAGGACCAGCAGGGCCCGGUUCCGCUGGAUCCCGACUCCAUGGCUAGAGCAUUCAUCGAGUCGGACCACUACCGGCGGCUCCAAGCCGACAGGGCUCACUACGACGCUACCAUCUCCUCCAACCCCUCCUACGUCCGCGCCUUCGCCGCCGAACACGCCCGCCUCCGCUCCCGCGGCGCCCUCCCCCGCUCCCGCCACUCGGCCAGCCUCUGGACCCAAACCCUCGUCGUCACCCGCCGUCACUUCCAACUCGUCCGCAACGACCUCCGCUCGCACCUCGUCGGCUUCCUCGUCGCCCUCACGGCCGCCCUCAUCAACGGCUCCGCCUUCUACCACGCCCCCAAAACGAGCACCGGCUCCUUCAUGAAAGGCGGCGGCAUCUUCUUCACCCUCAUCUACUUCUUCCUCGCCGCGCUCCCGCACGUCACCGCCACCGUCUCCGGCCGCACCCUCCUCGCGAAGCAGCACCGGCUCGGCAUCCUGCACCCGGCCGCUCUCGUGCUCGGCCAAACGCUCGGAGACGUGCCGCUCGCGGUGAGCGAGGUCCUGGUCUUCACCGCGCCGUACUACUUCCUGCUCGGCCUCGAUUCCACCAGCGCCGCCGCCUUUUUCACCUUCUUCGCCGUGCUGUCGGCCUUCUACUGCGCAGCCCUGUCGCUGUUCCGCGCCCUGGGCGCGUGGGCCCCCGGCCACAACGUCGCGCUGCUGGCCGCCGGCGCCGCCUUGCCCGUGUGUCAGCUCUACGCCGGCUAUGCGCCGUCCGUUCCCGAGGCGCUUGCGUGGGGGAAGUGGUUGCGCCGCGUGUCGCCCAGCCCGUGGGCGCUGGAGGCGUUGCUGGCGAAUGAGUUUGGCAGGAUUGAGUUGGCGUGCACCGAGGACCAGCUCGUGCCGAGUGGGGACGGGUAUGGGGGCGGGUAUCAGGGGUGUCCGCUGCCCGGGGUGGCCAAGGGCGAGACGAGUGUGGGUGGCGAGGCGUAUUUGAGGGCGUAUUUUGGAUACGAGACAGGGCAUCUGUGGCGGAAUUUUGGGAUCGUGGUGGCCAUGUGGGCCGUGUAUGUCGGGUUGGCUGUGGUUGGGUUGAUGGUGACGGUCAGGUUGGCGGGAAACGAUGGAGGUGUGUCUUUCAAGCGUGGGGCGAAGAUGACAACGCAUGGUGACGGUGAGAAGCCACUUUCACGCGACGCUGAUGCGGACUUGGAUGUGGAGAAGCUGGCUGGCUCUCCCAAGCCGGCACCAUCGCCGUCGAACCCACGGCUGGCGACGUCUCCGUCGAUAUCGGUCCGCGGCUCGCCACAAGACUCGGAGUGCGAGAAGGACGAGAGCAGCGGCGAGGACGAACAGCAAGCCCAGGCCCCAGCUGCCACGGCCUCGGCGGCAACCCUCACUUUCGACAAAGUCACAUACACAAUCAACGUCAACGGAAGGGAGAAAAGGCUCCUGAACGAAGUUAGUGGUUUCGUCAAGCCAGGCCAACUCACUGCCCUCAUGGGCGCGUCCGGAGCGGGCAAGACGACACUUCUCGACACACUGGCACAGCGCAAGACGGACGGAACUGUGUGCGGUGAGGUGCUUUUGAACGGCAGGCCACUGACGGCUGCGUUCGGCCGUGCGUGCGGCUUCUGCAUGCAGCAGGACGUCCAUGAACCGAACGCAACCGUCCGCGAGGCGCUACAGUUCUCCGCCGUUAUGAGGCAGCCCGCCGAGGUGGCCGAGGCAGAGAAGCUGUCCUAUGUUGAGAGCAUCAUCGAACUGCUUGAGCUGGGCCCAAUUGCCGAUGCUAUCAUUGGGAAGCCUGGCGUUGCGGGACUGGGUGUGGAGGAGCGGAAGCGCGUGACGAUUGGGGUCGAGUUGGCUGCGAAGCCUUCUGCGCUGCUGUUUCUCGAUGAGCCAACUUCUGGCUUGGAUUCGCAGGCCGCCUUCUCGAUUGUCCGCUUCCUCCACAAGAUCGCCGCCCAGGGCAUUCCCGUGCUGUGUACGAUCCACCAGCCAUCUGGCAUCAUUUUCGGCAUGUUCGACCACGUUCUACUGCUGGCACCCGGGGGCAACACUCUGUACUUUGGAAAGACUGGCCCCAACUGCCAGACGGUGGUCGACUACUUCGCCCGAUACGGUGCCAUCAUGGGAGAAAACGAGAACCCGGCCGAGUUCAUACUCAACACCGCGACGACUGCCAAAGACCCCCGAAAUGGACUGGGCCCGCACCUGUGCACAUCCCUGAGGCCCGAAGGCGACAACCCCAACACCGCCGCCGCAUCUGCCUCCGCCCACCGUGCCUUCGCCCUCUCCCUCCCACAACAAAUCCUCAAAGUGACCAAACGCCACUUCGUCUCCACCUGGCGCGACGGGCCCUACAACCUCAGCAAACUCUUCAAGUGCCUCUUCGUCGAGCUCUUCAUCGCCUUCAGUUUCUACCACCCAUCCUCCACCCUCCAAGGCACGCAAAACCGCGUCCUCUUCUUCCUCAUCUUCUCCUGGCUCGUCCCCGCACUCAUGCCCGACAUCCAAUCCUCCUGGUUCGCCGCGCACUCGCUGUACACGGCGCGGGAAAAAAACGGCACCUACACGCUCCCCGCGCUCGUCUCGGCCCUCGUCCUCGUCGAGCUGCCCGCGCAAUGCGCCUCCCUCUCGCUCGUGUUCCUCUGCGUCUACUGGACGCUCGGCUACCCCGCGACCGCGACCCAGGCCGGCUACGAGUACCUGCUGUUCGUGCUCUACGCCGCGUUCGGCACCGGAUUCGCGCAAUGCAUCGCCGCCUGCUGCCCGACCGAGCGGCUCGCGGGCUGCGCCAACUCGCUGUCCUGGGUCGUGCUCACAGCGUUCGCCGGCGCCGCCGUCCCGCACGCGCUGAUGAAUGCGUUUUACCGGCGGUGGAUGUUUUGGGCCGAUCCGCUGCGCUACUUGGUCGGCGGGAGUGCCGCCAAUGUGAUGCACGGGUUGGAGGUGCGGUGUGCGGAGCGCGAUCUGACGAGGUUCGAUCCGCCGCCGGGGGAGACGUGUGGGGCGUAUAUGGCGCGUUAUUUGGCGAGGAGUGCCGGGUAUUUGGUCGAUGCGGAGGCGAGGAAGGAUUGUGGGUAUUGUGGAUAUAAGACGGGGGAUGAGUAUGCGGCAUCGUUGGAUUUUCGGUGGGAGGGGAGGUGGAGGGAUUUGGGCAUCUUUGUGGUGUUUUGUGUUGGUAACAUUGUGCUUGCGUUUGUUGUGCCGUUGUGGAGGGAGAGGGGGUUGAAAGGAUUAUGGAGGCGGGGGUAG